GGGGAAGGGAAGGGGGAGCGACCUGGGGAAGACGGAGCGCGCUCUGCGCCGGGCGGGCGGGCGGCGGCGGGGGGGCCAGCGGCCGCAGCCGCCGGGAGGACGCGAGGCGAUGGAACAAGUGGAGAUUCUGAGGAAAUUCAUCCAGAGGGUCCAGGCCAUGAAGAGUCCGGACCACAAUGGGGAAGACAACUUCGCCCGGGACUUCAUGCGACUAAGACGAUUAUCUACUAAAUAUAGAACAGAAAAAAUUUAUCCAACAGCCACUGGAGAAAAAGAAGAAAAUGUUAAAAAGAACAGAUACAAAGACAUAUUACCGUUUGAUCACAGCCGAGUUAAGCUGACUCUAAAGACUCCUUCCCAAGAUUCAGACUACAUCAAUGCGAAUUUUAUUAAGGGAGUCUAUGGGCCAAAAGCGUAUGUUGCAACCCAAGGACCAUUAGCAAAUACAGUUAUAGAUUUUUGGAGGAUGAUAUGGGAAUACAAUGUUGUAAUCAUUGUAAUGGCUUGUCGAGAAUUUGAAAUGGGAAGGAAAAAAUGUGAACGUUACUGGCCUUUGUACGGGGAAGAUUCUCUAACAUUUGCACCAUUUCAAAUUUCUUGUGAAGCUGAACAAGCUAGGACAGACUACUAUAUUAGAACAUUGUUACUUGAAUUUCAAAAUGAAUCUCGUAGACUGUAUCAGUUUCAUUAUGUGAAUUGGCCAGACCAUGAUGUUCCUUCGUCAUUUGAUUCUAUUCUGGACAUGAUCAGCCUUAUGAGGGAAUACCAAGAACAUGAAGAUGUGCCUAUUUGUAUACACUGCAGUGCAGGUUGUGGAAGAACAGGAGCCAUUUGUGCCAUAGAUUAUACAUGGAAUUUGCUAAAAGCUGGGAAAAUACCUGAGGAGUUUAAUGUAUUCAAUUUAAUCCAAGAAAUGAGAACACAAAGGCAUUCUGCAGUACAAACAAAGGAACAGUAUGAACUAGUUCAUCGAGCUAUCGCCCAGUUGUUUGAAAAGCAACUUCAAAAAUAUGAAAAAUACACAGACUGGAAAAUUUCUGAUGUAGUGGAUGAAAUUAGCACAGAAAAGAUUGUCAGCUCUCUGAACCUUGAAAAACCAGAUUCUCCUCCCCCGAAACCUCCGCGUACCCGCAGUUGUCUUGUUGAAGGGGAUGCUAAGGAAGAAAUACUACAGCCUCCAGAACCUCACCCUGUACCACCCAUCUUGACACCUUCUCCUCCUUCAGCCUAUCCAACAGUUACUACAGUAUGGCAAGACAAUGAUAGAUACCAUCCAAAGCCUGUGUUGCAUAUAGUUUCAUCAGAACAGCAGUCAACAGACCUCAAUAAAAAUUAUAAUAAAUCAACAGAACUUCCAGGGAAGAAUGAAUCAGUAGUUGAACAUAUGGAGAAGAAACUGGAACGAAACUUGAGUUUUGAAAUUAAAAAGGUUCCCCUACAGGAAGGACCAAAAAGUUUUGAUGGAAAUACACUCUUGAAUAGAGGACAUGCAAUUAAGAUUAAAUCUGUAUCACCUUGUACAGCCGAGAAACUCUUGAAGUCACAGGAACCGAGUUCAGGGGAUUUAACUGAAGAUGUUUCUCAAAACUCUUGUGUGGACUGUGGUAUAUCACCAUCUAGCAAAGUUUCAAUAACUACACAAGAAGGAAUGCAGAAAAGUUUUGAUACACCACCAAGACCAGAUUGUUUGCCUCUUAAAGAGAAAGGACAUGUUAUAUGGCCAUUACAUGGUCCUGAAAAUGCACUGCCUAUCCCCAAUGAGUCUGAGAGCAAAGCCUCAGAUAACCAAUGUCAGGCUACUAAAACGAUUUCUUUAACACCAAGUCCCACGUUACAUGUAGAAGCCAGCAAUCUUGUGGAUAAUGAUAGUAAUACACCUUUAGUUAGAGCACCCCUCAGUUUUACUAACCCUCUUCACUCUGAUGAUUCUGACAGUGAUGAAGGGAACUGUGAUGGAGCCAUGCGUAAGAAUGUGACUAAUAUUUCAACAGCAAGUGCUACAGUUUCUACUGCCACUAGCACUGAAAACAUUUCUACUAGAAAAGUAUUACCAAUGUCUAUUGCUAGACAUGAUGUACCAGUUACAAUAUAUUCAGGGGCUGAAAAAGAUGUUGAUGUUAGUGAAGAGUCACCUCCCCCACUACCUGAAAGAACUCCUGAAUCUUUUGUAUUAGCAAGUGAUCAUAAUACCCCUGUAAGAUCUGCUGAGUGGAAUGAACUUCACACCGAAGAACAGUCUAAACAAAAGAAAUCUGAAGUCUUGAUAUCUACUGAGAAUAAAACAUUUGAUCAUCUCAUAGAGAGUGAUCAGUCAGAGACUAAUACAGAAUGUCUACUCCCUACUUUAAGUAACAAAGAUCAUGUUUCAGAAAGUCCAGCAGAAGCCACAGAUAUUGGUUUUGGUAAUCGUUGUGGAAAACCCAAAGGACCAAGAGAUCCACCAUCAGAAUGGACAUGAUGCAAGGGAACAGAGGACACAUGAAAUUAUACUGGAAAAUUCAAGUGCCACUGAAAUCCAGAUUUAUAGUAUUUCACUGCCCCCCCCAAAAAAAAAGAGAAAAGAUUGGGUUAUUGUGGGUGGGGGUGGUUGCUAAGAGAGCAGUGUAGAUUGUUACCUACAAAGGAUACACUUUUUAUAGUACAUCCAUUUUAAAUUUAAAAGUUUGCAACAGUGGAUUCCAGUAUUACAUUCUAAUAUUUUUUUUGGGGGGGGGGACGGGACUGGGACCAUCUACUCUGCCUUAUUGUACACUUAGGAAAAAGUAUUACAUAUGGUUUAUUUUGUAACUUCAAGUAUUAUUGCCUUAAUGUCUCUUAACCCUGUUACACGCUGCUUGUAGACAUGUUAAUACAGUAAUACUUUUAUGAGAAAUUGAGUUUAUGGACUACGUUUUUGCUAAUGUUUUAUCAUGUAUGCAUUAUUUUGUAAAUGUACAGGGCAAGUAGGUAUAUAAUUUGAUAAAAGUUGCAAUCAUAAGAUAUUAACAGAAGAUGUAAGGAAUCUCUGCAUGAUCUAAAAUCUUUGUCUACUUUAUUUGUAAAUUAUUUGCCCUGAUGUUUUAGAAAAUAGUUUCUGAUUUUAAAAUUGCUGGACACAUGCUGCCAGCAUUACAGGUUAGCAGAGAUAAAAGAUUGUAAUAAUACAUUUUGUAAAUUGUAAGCAAAAGGUUAUUUUUAUAUUAUAUACUGUUUGUCGAUCCUAAUUUGUCCUAGUUUUCAUCUAGUUAUGGAGAUUCAGUAAGUGCCUUGGAACAAUAUUGAAUUCUCUUA